AUGAUUUUCCACAGUCGACUUCAUCUGCUCUCCAAAUCAAGACUGGCUCUUGGUCUAUUUCUAUGCAGUAUUCUUAUAAAUCUCUAUCAGUUUUUAUAUCAAUCAUCGAAUUGUUCUUAUUUAUGCUCAUAUAAAUCCAUUCUGGGUAAAAAUCAACUUACGUUUGACAACUCCCACAAUGUGCCACACUAUUCCGAAUUCAUUUGCCCACAAAACUUCCGAAAUCUGGCUGAUUGGGUUUAUGGUUGGCCCGAAGAUGUAUUUGAAGAAAGACUAGAAAUUACUACCGAUAAAGGAUACCAUAUUGGUCCAUGUCUAGUAUCUGGUAGUAUAAUUUAUGUCAAAACUGAUUAUUUGGAGAAGUUUUUUAGCAAGGUGUAUCCGUAUUUGAACAAUCAGUUUGUACUUAUCACAGGACAAAGUGAUGCAUCAUCGCCUGGUCGAUAUCUAUCUUAUCUAGACACGCACGAUUCUAAAAUUAUUCAUUGGUUUGGUCAGAACUCCGAAAUCUAUGCGUCACAAAAUGGCAAAUUUACUCCAAUUCCUAUUGGUAAGGUAAAUGCACUGCCGACAGGCAAUCUAUCUUAUUUUUAG